AGUUUUCUCAUCGAGGGUUUUGGAAGCGGUCACAACCGUCGACCAAUCACAAAACAAAGGGAGAUAUCCGUCCAAUCACGCUUCACCUGGGCAGUAUCACUUCCUGGUUGCGUUCCCAUGCUUGUGUGCUUUCCAGAUUUCAGCAAGUCUUUUCGCAGUUCAAGAGUAAAUUUUAUCAUGGCUAAAGACAAAUCUUUGAAACCAGACGCAAAUCCUCUUAAAAGGAAGAAGUUGAGUUCAAUUGGCAGUGAGGUCCAUGCGGAAGAAAUGAUGGACACUAAAGUAAAAAAGACAAGGAAAAAGAUGGAAGUAGAGGCGCCUCCAGUACAGAUUCCUCAUGUGACAAUCACAGCAGAUGAAAAAAAACAGAAAAAGGAAAAGAAACGCAAAAAGAAACAAAUGACAGAGCAAACGGAGAUUUCAGAUCCACCCUGUUGCCCAGAGGGGACGCAUGAGCCAGAGGGAGAGGAGGACUUGAGCCCCGAGGAGAAGCGCGUCCUGGAGAGGAAGAUGAAGAAGAUCCUGAAAAAGGAACAGAAGAAGAGGCUUAAAGCUGAGGGAGAGAUGUCAGAGAAAACUGAAGCAGCUGGACCCACUGCACCUCAGCAGGCCUUAGAUUACCUGACCUGCUGGGCUAAAACUCGUACAAAGUGGAAGUUCCAGAAGACCAGGCAGACGUGGUUACUGCAGCACAUGUUUGACUCCGAAAAGAUUCCAGAUGAGAAGUUCUCUUUGCUGCUUCAGUACCUGGAGGGGCUUCGUGGGGCAGCCAAAGACACCACAGUUCAGAAGGCCUUAGCCCUGGUUGAAGAGUCAGGACAAGCGCCAGAGGACACAGAUGUCCAGCAGAGGGCGCACAGAGCCAGAGAAGUUAUUCAGCUGCUCUCCUGAACCCACCACCAUCAAAGAAAAGCAUGAAGUCCACCAGAAAAAGACUGAUGUUGAUCAUUGGACUGAUUCCCCAGGUCUCAAACUAGGACUAAAAAUGGAUGUUUUAUAUGUAGUUUUUUUGAACGGUUCUUUGGGUAAAAUAUACGUUUUGAUUAAAUUACCAGUAUUGCUCACAUUUUUUAAUCUAAAUGUUUCUACGUUACUUUUUCUUCUUCAUUUCUUGACAUUACUUGUGUGCAUUAUUGCCUGAUAGUAAUCAGUCACUAAAACCAAUUUAUAAAGUUUUUACUACAAGUUACAAAGCAUCUGAUUCUCACUACUUUUUCUCCAAAUGUAAAGAAGUCCAGUUUCACCGUCAUGGACACCUGAGGAGAGAUGUAAAUCCCUAAAGAUGAAACGGAAAGCUGGGAGACUGCUGCAGUUAAGUCUCAGGAAUGUUUGUAGUCGAGACAUGUUUGUGCCUGUCAAAGCCCCAUAAUCUGUGAAGUCACUGAUGAGAAUAUCCUUUCUCAUCCACUUAAAGUAUAAGCAUUAUAAACAGGUUUUUGGUUUUACAGCUAAUUGUUUUGAGAUUCAUGUAGAUCCAUUCUUAAACUAAAUCUUUCUCGUCAUGUGUGUGCUGUGGUUAUAAUCUCAGUGGAACUGUUACAUGCUAUUCAUAAAGACACACUUUUUGCCCAUAA